AUGACUGUCGGUGAUGGUAAGAAAAUGUCUAAGGCGGACGGAGGUGUUCAUGUCCUCAUUCUAGAGGGUAUGUGUUCUGAUCCUAGCUGGGAGCCCAGUCUCACAUGCUAUCGAAUUGAUGGCGGCAACUGUCACCAUGGUCUACCCAAAAGUGAGCAGAUAAUCCAGGAGCAUUAA